AUGGUCUGGGUGAAACCGGAACAUCUUAUGGUAUCACAGCCGUUCUGGUAAGUUAAAUUACAGUUGAAGAUUUCUGGUGUUUAGGACGACAGAACGUGCUAAUCUCUUCUUUGUGCUGCAAAAACGGAAAGCGCAAGGUAAAGGGCUGGGAUCUUUGUUUGUGGCUACGAUCGAUUCGGUUUUUGACACAAAAUCGUUGCCAUACAGGAUAAUAUACCAUUAUGAUGGAGAUGAUUUGAGCAUUUCUACGGGUAAGGGGCACAACAUGAUGUAAUGUAUGCUUAACAUGGUUUUUUAAGUCUUUGGGUUUGAUAAGAGCAAUAUAAAUGGCAAAAAAGUAUUAUUCACUCAAAUUAUUUAAAAUAAAUAUAACUUAACAUCGUAUUAUUGUUAAAAUUUCAAAUAAUUACUUUAUAACAACAAUAAUCAAAGAAAAUCAAUAUUAAUCUUGUCUAUUUUAGUCUUGGCAGUGUCGCUAAGCUUAAAAGAAAUUCAAACACAUUGGGAAUAUCUGGAAAAGGCUGUUUUGCCGGUUUUGGCCAAGUUCGAAAGUGAAGCAGAAGCUCGAGAGUUUGUUAUGACAAAAGUGGAGAGUUUAUUUGAAACAGAAAAGAAUAAAAAAGUGUCAAAUGAAGCAGAACCUACUAAAGAUGUUGUUUCACACAAAUUUCAUAAACUAUUUGAUCUACCGGCUGACGAAAAGCUGGUUAACUGUAAGUGUUACCUAAAAUUAAUGUUUUGUCCUGAACAUUUAUGUUUAUGACUUAAAAUAUGAUUUUUUGGUUUUAAAACUUUUUUAUUAGUUUUCGAAUUAUGAAGAAUUCUAAAAUAAAAUUAAAACUAGUUUUAAUAUUCCUAAGAAAGUUUUUAUAAAUAUUAUUUGGUACGUUUUUACAGAUUAUGCUGGUACAUAUUGGAAAGGACGGACACCUUUUCAAGGAAAAGUCUAUUUUUCAGUCAACUUUUUGUGUUUCUACAGUUUUCUAGUUGGGAAGCAGACAAAGAUUCAAAUACGAUGGACUGAGAUAACGGUAAGUUUUCUUUAAUUAAUUUUUUAAGACUUUAGAUUCAAAGUUGUUUUAAGUUAAUCUUGCCAACCACAACUUAUAUGACAAUAUUCAAUACAUCAUGGUUGGCAAAGUAAAAAUAUCUUGAAAAAUAGGUUUUAAUGGUACAAAGUAUUGUAGUAUUUUGUCCUUUUAACGUUACACUGUUCAUAAAACAUGUGUUUUUAGAAAUUAGAGAAGAACGCUCCCUUAUUGUUUCCACAGACAUUUACUGUAGUAACUCGCAAUGAAACAUACGAUUUCUCAUUAUUGGUUAGCUUCAAAGAAGCUUACAAAUUGGCGUCACAGCUGGCGAAUUUGGCUAUGAAACAGUAA